UAUCAUCAUCAUCAUGAGGAGCUUAAACUUUGGAGUAUGCAUCUUUCUGGUUUGCCUACUCGUCUUCAAGGCAGCCGUUGCAGAAGCUUACUUCAACUACGAUGAUGCCUUGGACAAGACCUUUUUGUUUUUUGAGGCGCAGAGGUCUGGUAAACUACCCGCCACCCAGAGGGUCAAGUGGCGUGGAGACUCUGGUCUCAAGGACGGCUUUCUUCAAGGGGUGAAUUUGGUGGGAGGAUACUAUGAUGCAGGAGACCAUGUGAAGUUUGGGCUGCCAAUGGCGUUUACUGUGACUAUGCUUGCAUGGGGAACUAUUGAAUACAGGAAAGAGAUAACUGAUUUAAACCAGAUGGGACACGCAUUAUGGGCCAUCAGAUGGGGGACUGACUACUUCAUGAAAGCUCAUACUCAGCCUAACGUUCUUUGGGGACAGGUAGGAGAUGGGGACUCUGAUCACUAUUGCUGGGAGCGUGCCGAAGACAUGACAACUCCAAGAGAAGCUUUCAAAAUUGAUCAAAAUCAUCCUGGUUCAGACCUUGCUGGUGAAACUGCUGCUGCAUUGGCUGCUGCCGCCAUUGCUUUCAAGCCUUACAAUUCUUCCUACUCCAAUCUUCUCCUGGUUCAUGCAAAACAGCUCUUCACAUUCGCAAACCGGUUUAGAGGAUUAUAUGAUGAUUCUAUCAAAAGUGCCCAUCAGUUCUAUACUUCAUCUGGUUAUUCGGAUGAGUUAUUAUGGGCUGCAACCUGGCUAUAUCGCGCAACAAACGAGGAGUACUACUUGAAGUAUGUUGUGGACAAUGCUGUGUACAUGGGUGGAACCGGAUGGGCAGUCAAAGAAUUCUCUUGGGACAACAAAUAUGCUGGUGUACAAAUCCUUCUUUCAAAGGUACUGAUGGAGGGAAAAGGUGGUGCAUAUACUUCAACCCUAAAGAAAUAUCAGGCUAAAGCAGAUUACUUUGCCUGUGCCUGUGUGCAGAAGAAUGCUGGCUACAAUGUCCACUUAACUCCUGGGGGCUUAAUAUACGUGCGCGAAUGGAACAAUAUGCAGUAUGCCUCUGCUGCUGCAUUUCUUACUGCUGUCUAUUCUGAUUACCUCUCUGCUGCAAAUGCCAAACUCACUUGCCCAGAUGGCCAAAUUCAACCUCUGGAGCUCUUCAAUUUCGCAAAGUCACAGGCUGACUACAUUCUUGGUAAAAACCCCAAGUCAAUGAGCUACUUAGUUGGAUUUGGACCAAAAUACCCAGUCCAUAUUCACCAUAGAGGUGCUUCCAUUCCUUCUGUAUAUACCGUCCAUUCAGCGGUUGGAUGUGUGCAAGGAUUUGAGUCAUGGUACUACCGCCCUCAGCCAAAUCCUAAUGUGCUAUACGGAGCACUUGUUGGGGGUCCUGAUCAGAACGAUAACUUCUCCGAUGAUAGGCCCAAUUAUGAAGAAACUGAGCCUACACUUUCUGGCUCUGCUCCUCUUUUAGGCCUAUUCUCUAAGCUACAUGCUUCAUCAUCCAAAACCAAAGGACCAUAUCACAAAGAAUCAUCAUCACCCUACCAAACAUCUCUAAAUUCAUAUGAAGAAACAGCAGCACCAAACACAAACUCUGAUGCAGAAGUUCCAGUUGAAUUUCUUCACUCAAUAACAACUACAUGGACAGUUGGUGAAACAACCUAUUACAGACACAGGGUGAUAAUCAAGAAUAAGUCGCAAAAGCCAGUCACAAACCUUAAACUUAGCAUCGAAAACUUAUCAGGGUCUCUAUGGGGACUCUCUCCAACACAAGAAAAGAACACUUAUGAACUCCCGCAAUGGCAAAAGGUCUUGAAAGCUGGCUCAGAAUACAAAUUUGUUUAUGUUCAAGGUGGCCCGCAAGCUAAGGUCUCGGUUCUCGGAUACAAAUACAAUUGACAUUUCAAGGGAAAAACCCUAAUUCAAAUGUGCAUAUAGAAACAAAGCAGAA